UCAAAACUAUAUGGUGUAAAUUUAAGCUUUUCAAAAGUUAAAUAUUGAAUAUUGGUCCCUUUAUUCUAACUAAAUUGCAGAUUUGGGGUGAAAAUAAAUCAAACAUCAAAUUCGCCUUCUCCCUGAAAGAAAGCUUCGAACUUUUGUUUUGUUGUUCGUGGGGCCAAUCUUGAGCAAUGGGGAAGAAUCAAGCAUACAAGGCGAUGCAGAGAUCUAGGGCUGGCUCCACCUCAGCUCAGCCCGAUGAGGUUGAAGACGGAAUGGUGGCAUGCUGCUCGUUUGGCUAGUCUCAACACUACCCACACCAUCACCUGCGAAGACUAUAAGAACAAGCAAAAGGAAGAAGAAAUGAAAAAGGGAGAACUUGAAGCAGACACCGAUAAACUGAUGCGUGAGUAUAGAGCUCAGCUGGAUGCUGAAAGGGCCUUGAAACUUUCCAAGGGAAGGAACACGCAGAAUAUCUAAACCUUCUUUAUUGAGCAAGUUAUUAACUGUUGUUCUCCAAUGGCCCAAUGAUCUCUCACAGAUAAGAAAGACAGAGAUUCUUCAAAGAAGAAGAAAAGCAAAAAGAGAAAGCAUUAUUCUUCCUCAGAGUCCUCAUCUAGUAGCGAUGAAGACGAAUCAAGAAGAUCAAGAUCAAGUUCGAAAAGAUCAACGAAGGAGAAGAAGCACAAGUCCAGCAGAGACAAACGCUCUAACAGUAAAGAAGAAACCGAUGGCCUUGUGCCACUCUCUAGAUUCUUUGGCAAUUUGAAGAGUUGAUUGUUUUCUUCCUUAUUGCAAUGUUAUAUUUUGUACAACAUCUCAUGUAUUAUUAUUUGUUGAAUUGAGAGUUGCAGUAAUGCCCACAUAAUCAAUCAGUUUUUUUUUU